GUACCUUGGACACAAGACCACCACCAUGCACGGCAGGAAGAAGAGCGACCUCCCGCAAACGAAGGAGGAGAAGGAUGCGGUGCGGGCAAAAAUAUCCAACUACAAAAAGGUGGUCGGUGCCAUCCGCCACAAGAGGGCGACUGGGCAGAUGGAUGCGGAGUACAAGCAGCUCCUAGGGAAGCUCCUGCGCCUGCAUCCAGACUACUAUUCCAUGUGGAACUUUCGCAAGGAAGCAGUUCUGGCUGAACUUUCUCGAAUAGAAGACGCACAUAGCAGGCAAGGCGGGAGCGACGACGGGGAUAAGGCGGCGGAGGAGAUCAGCAGCGGUACGUUGUUGUCACCGUCUGUCCAGGAGCAGCAGAAGAAGAAGAUAUACGAGGAGGAGCUCGCGCUGAGCGUGGACUGCAUCAAGCGCAAUCCCAAGUCGUACCCGGCAUGGCACCACCACAAGUGGGCCUUGGAGAGGGGGCUGGACUUGUUGGGAGGGAGGUCGGCGCUUGCGGGGGAUCUGGCUCUGUGCGCCACGUUCUUGGAGCUGGACGGCAGAAAUUUCCACUGCUGGGCGCAUCGUAUGUGGGUGGCGGAGCGGAUGGGCCUCUCCGCGCGGGAAGAGUUUGACUUCACCACCGACAAAAUCAAGCAAAACUUCAGCAACUACAGCGCGUUCCACUUCCGGAGUAAGGUUCUGCCGAGGAUGGUGGAGGAGGCCGGCCACGACCGGUGGCAGCUGCUGUCCGACGAGCUAGAUCUCACGCAUGACGCAAUGUUCACGGAGCCGGCGGACCAGAGCGUCUGGUGGUACCACCAUUUCCUCCUCACGUGGGCGGACGACGGCACCGACAGCUGCAGCGACUCGGAACGUUACGAGAACAUUCUGCGCGCAGAGGCGGCCACUCUGGGGGAGCUGAUAGAGGUGGAGGUUCGGUGCAAGUGGGCCGAGGUCGCUCUCCUCCUGGUCUCCCAACGGCUCGCCAACGCCCUCGAACCAAGGCCACAGCCGCCGCGGGCCCAGGACGACGAGACUAACAAUGGCGGCGGAGGCGUUACUGCGGCAGGGAACGGCAGCACGGAGGCCGGCGAGGUCCGAGAAAGCUGCCGAGGCAUGGCGGCACGCCUGUCCGAGCUGGACCCGAUGCACGGCCGUUUCUACGAGUUUGUGGAGAAGGGCGGGACUGUGAUGGGGGGACAGCAGAUGCGAGGCUCGGCGCGCGAGGCAGACAGAUAGGGGGCUGGCAUGUCAAAGCGGCUGUUACGCUUUAAGAAGGAAUGGUAUCCGGAGGGUGAUCGGGGAGUGAGUUGUGCGGGAAUGAGUCCGGAGACGGCAGGCGGCAGCGGCAAGAAGCCCUACGGCUUUCAGAGUAGAAGCUGAGGUUUGCAUAGAUGGGCGUAAAGCGCCCACCGGACAACUCGAGCGGUUUCGCUAUCCUGCGAAAUAAAGCUGACUGCCUCCUUCAAAAAAUCCACGGCUAUUUGUUAUUCGUUGGUCUCUUCCGCUGGACCUAAGACUGAACGGUCAAGAGAACAUCGUCCCGUAUAGGGCGUUGGGGAUGGCGGACCCGAGGCUCUACCGAGCAGUAGAGCCCUUGUCAAACUCGCUUGAGGACGGAGGACGGAGGCAACAAUGUGGUGCGUGACGUUGAGGGUGCAUCGGGUCUAGGGGCUCGUCCUGAGCGAGGCUUGAGAGAGUCCUUCAUCCCGAUGCCCGAUGGGCGCAGUGAGAGCGGGGGAAGGUUCUGCGGCAACAGCAUUUAGAGGAUAUUGCGGCGUACAGGGAACUGCAGGGGGAGAGGUUCGGCUACCUUGCAAUAUCGGGGGCGGAAAGGG